AUGGAAAACAUAUAUAGCAAUCCUAUCAGGCAGAAGAUUAACAAAAUAUUUGACAGCCACGUAAUAGCAGACAAUACUGACGCACUGUAUACAAUUUCUGGACUAUGCUCCUCUGAUUCUGCCUAUAUGAGAAGAACAUUAGUAAAUGAAAUUGAAAAAAAAGAUUUACAAGUAAACAAAGCUAUUCUGACGGAGUAUGGUAAAGUAAAAGACAAAUUAAAUUUGUUUCUCAAGUCUUUGAGAACUUUAGAUGUUGCAGUUAAAGAUAUGUCUAAUAGACUAAACGAAUCUAAAACAAAAACACAUCAUAUUAUUGUCCAAACUACUAAAUUAAAUGACGAAAGAAAAAAAACAAGAAAGAAACUUAUGUGGGCUACUGCUUUUGUUGAUAAUUUUCAAGUAUCGCCAGAACUCCAUCAAUACCUUUAUAACACCUCAACAAUGUCAACAAACUUUUUUAACUCUUUAUCCCAUAUUGAGAAAUUGCAAGACAACUGCAAAUCUCUUAUCAAAUGUUGGUACCAAACACCGGCUUUUGAUAUCAUGGAAAUAAUAGGGCUCCAACAAGAAGCUGCAAUAGAAAAAUUAUACCAUUGGACUAUUGGUGCAUGCCUCGUUGUUGAUUCUCCUAAAAAUCCUUUAAUUCCUAAGGCAUUAGUUAAGUUUGAAAAUAGACAAGUUUUAUUUACCAAUAUAGUUGAUGAAUACUGCAAUGCUAGGAAAGGUGUUGUUGUUCAGCUCUUUAUUGAUGCCUUAACAAAAGGAACUGAUGGAUCUAAACCCAUUGAGUUUUAUGCCAAUGAACCGAAAAGGUACAUUGGUGACAUUAUGGCUUGGGUAUAUCAAAUUCUUCCAGUGGAAAAAGAAUAUUUAAAUACAUUAUUUAAACACUGUUCCAUCCCUGAUAAGCAAAUUAAAAUAGUUGAAGCACUGACAAACAUUAUGGAGGCUUUAUGUCCUUUGUUAAAAGUAAGAGCUGAACUAAUACUGAAGCCAGAUAAAGAUCCAUUAACACUUUGGUCUAUAACUAAUUUAAUAACAUAUUACAAGAAUACAAUAGAGGCCCAUAUUAAGAAAGGGCAUUUAGUUGACAUUUUUGAUGAACUUUUGAAAAAGAGUUCAGAUGCUUUCUUGGUUACCUUAGACAAUAAAAUGCAAAAGGAACUAAGUCAUGGUGUUAAAGCCCCUCCACAAGAUUUGAAUCCAUCUAUAGUAGUGACAGAUUUGGUUGCUUUCCUAAGAAGUUUAAUGAAUGUCACUAGUAAUAUUAAUCAUUCUGACAAGAAGAUGAUUAUUGCACAUAUUUUAGAACCACUUCUUCAUGCGAUUAAUGAAACUGCCUGUCAUUUAAGUUCUACAGAUAUGGCAGUGUAUAUGUUAAACUGUAUCUAUCACAUUCAAUGCACACUUUCCCUGUAUACAAUUCUUGAUGAAUAUAAUGAGAGACUGCAGGCUCAGUCAGAGGCUCAAAUUGAUACAUUAACAUCUGAACAAGCUAGUUUUUUAGUUGCCAAUUUAAACAUGGGACCAAUUUACACAAUACUACAGGAAAAAAUAAAUGGGCCACUUUCAGCUAUUCCCGGUAUGGAUUCUGCAUCACUCCGGGCAUUUCUGAAUAAAUUUGAUAUGUUUUUAGUUGCACCAGAUUCAUAUAUAUUGCCCCAAUUAAACUUAUUGCUUAGUCAUACAUACAAAACCUUGAUUAAAAAAAGAGCCUUUGAAGUGGUAUUGGCUAUUUAUGAACAAUUGUAUACUGCUAUACAUGAUCAAAAUAAUGGGUAUGGAGAUGCACUGACAAUUAUUCGUCGAACACCAAGUGAAGUUAAAAACUUAUUAACAUAA